AUAGGCUUUAGAGCUGCAGAGCAGCCAUGGCCUUCUUCUUCUUCUUCCAAAAUUUCCUUUUUCUCUUUCUUCUUUUCUUCUUUAUUUCUUCAUUUUCUCUCUCCUCCAUUUCCAUGGCAUCUCAAUCUGAAGUAGGUGAUGAAUCUCCAUUUAGUUACAAUGAGGGAAAUGGAAAUGGACCAAAAGAAUGGGGAAAGCUAAAAUCGGAUUGGAAAUCUUGUGAGAAAGGAAAGUAUCAAUCUCCCAUUAAUAUCGUUGAAGAAGAUGUUCAAGUUCUUCCUCAGCUUGGAAAACUCAGAAGGGACUACAACCCUGCCCCAGCUGUCGUCAAGAAUCGAGGACACGACGUUUUGAUAAGGUGGGAAAAAGAUGCUGGAAAAAUUAUAAUCAAUGGGACUCAUUACAAAUUAUCCCAAUGUCAUUGGCAUGCCCCAUCUGAACAUUCUUUCAAUGGAAUAAGAUAUGAUUUGGAGAUGCAUGUAGUUCAUACAAACGAUCAUAAUGAGACCGCUGUGGUUGCAAUUCUAUACAAAUUUGGACGCCCUGAUCGCUUCCUUUCAAGAUUAUUCCACCACAUAAAAUCAAUAGGGAAAGAAGAAAAAGAAAUAGGGAUAGUGAAUCCAGGAGACAUCAAGUUUGGUGGAAGAAAAUAUUACAGAUACAUUGGUUCCCUCACUGUUCCUCCUUGUACUGAAGGUGUUAUUUGGACUAUUCAAAAGAAGGUAAGAACAGUUUCAAGGGAACAAGUGAGAGCUUUGAAAAAUGCUAUACAUGAGGAUUUGAAGAAAAAUGCAAGGCCAACACAAGCACUAGAUGGAAGAAAAAUUCAAUUUUAUACUCCACAUAAGUGAAGGGUUUUUUUUUAAUUAUUAAUUAUUUUUAUUUUUAUUGGGUUAAGCACAGAACCUAUCAUAAUGUUAAGUGUAUUUAUAUCCUAAAUUGUA